AUGGGUCAACAAGUUAUCCCCGACACAGAUCAACAAAUUAUCCCCGACACAGAUCAACAAAUUAUCCCCGAUGGAGGGGUUAUCCUCUCCGAAACACAAAGUAAAAGUGUUAUGAAUUCCAGUUCAAUAAUGUGUUUCCCAAAGUUGAUUAAAUGCGUGAUUAUCGGUUUGGAUGGCACCUUGGUCAACACAGAUGCCAUCCUUUCCUUCCAAGAAUAUGCUAAACAAUGGGAUGGAAGAGAACCCCUUAAAAUUGCUGCCAAAACACCUUCUGCACUUCCUUGCUCGCCAUUCCAGUGCUGCAACGUUAAAGCGCUUCCUGGUGCCAAUCGCUUGAUUCAACAUUUGAAGACCAAUGGAGUUCCAAUGGUCUUAGCUUCCAACUCUCCAAGGGAGACCAUUCAUGCCAAAAUAUCCUUUCACAACGGAUGGGAAGAUUCUUUCUCUGUCAUUAUUGGAGGAGACCAAGUUCCAACAGGGAAGCCUUCCCCUGACAUAUUCUUUGAAGCUGCUAGGAGGUUACGCAUGGAGCCUUCCAGCUGUCUUGUCAUUGAAGACUCUUUACCUGGUGUUACUGCAGGUAAGGCUGCUGAAAUGGAGGUGGUUGCUGUACCAUCACUCCCGAAACAGUCUCAUCUCUUUACUGCAGCAGAUGAGGUGAUAAACUCCCUACUUGAUUUGCGACUUGAAAACUGGGGUCUACCACCAUUUGCCGACUGGGUGGAGGGAACUUUGCCGGUAGAUCCUUGGUAUAUUGGUGGUCCUGUUGUAAAGGGAUUUGGUCGGGGGUCGAAACUACUCGGGAUUCCUACAGCUAAUUUGUCAACAAAGGACUAUUUAGAUAUCCUUUCAGAGCAUCCUGCGGGAGUCUAUUUUGGCUGGGCUGGAUUACCAGCAAGAGGUAUUUUUAAAAUGGUGAUGAGCAUUGGUUGGAAUCCAUAUUUCGGAAACAAAGAAAAAACUAUAGAGCCAUGGUUGCUUCAUGAAUUCACCGAGGAUUUCUACGGGGAAGAACUGCGGCUGGUUAUAGUUGGUUACAUACGUCCUGAGAGAAAUUUUCCAUCCCUUGAAAGCUUGAUUGCUAAGAUUCAUGAAGAUCGCAUAGUUGCUGAGAGAGCUCUUGAUCUCCCCAUGUAUUCUAGUCAUAAGAAUGAUUUAUAUUUGAGAAGCUCAUAG